AUGUAUAAAAUGGAGUAUUCAUACCUCAAUUCCUCUGCCUACGAGUCCUGUAUGGCCGGGAUGGACACGUCGAGCCUGGCGUCAGCCUACGCGGACUUCAGCUCGUGCAGCCAAGCCAGUGGCUUCCAGUACAACCCGAUCAGGACCACUUUUGGUGCCACCUCAGGAUGUCCGUCUCUGACCCCGGGCUCAUGCAGCCUGGGCACGCUGAGGGACCACCAGAGCAGCCCGUACGCCGCAGUUCCCUACAAGUUGUUUACCGAUCACGGUGGCCUAAAUGAGAAGAGAAAGCAGAGGCGCAUUCGCACCACGUUCACCAGCGCGCAGCUGAAGGAGCUGGAGCGCGUAUUUGCAGAGACCCACUACCCAGAUAUUUACACACGCGAAGAGCUGGCACUGAAAAUCGAUCUAACCGAGGCCAGAGUACAGGUGUGGUUCCAAAACAGACGCGCAAAGUUCCGUAAACAGGAGCGAGCGGCAGCAGCUGCAGCCGCCGCCGCCAAAAGCGGCUCAGGCAAGAAAUCCGACGCUCGCGAGGAGGACAGCAAAGAAGCAAAAGCCACCGACCCAGACAGCACAGGAGGACCCGGACCCAACCCGAACCCUGCAUCCACCUGUGGUGGUCCGAGCCCUACCGGCGCGUCCCAGGUCAGCGCGAGCGGAAACGGGCCAGUCGAGCAGGCCAAGACGACUGUGGGUGGCAUGGGUGGCACAGCGCCCAGUCAGGGCUGGCCAUCCGCCCCGGGCACCAUAACCUCCAUUCCGGACUCUCUCGGGGGACCGUUCGCCAGCGUGCUGUCAUCUUUACAAAGACAGAACGGAGCCAAAGCCACUUUAGUAAAGACCAGCAUGUUCUGA